AUGAACUUCGAGCAGCUGCAGCUUUGGCUUAUCGAUUCCGUGCACUGUGAUGCUAAAAAAGUGAAGUUGGCCUUACCUGGGUUGUUUCUGCGAGCCACACGCAAUAACAACAUGCUUCCGCAGCAGGAAGACGGGAGACUUUCGUGCAGUCAAUUUAGCCUGUGCAUCGGCCGCUGCUUCGUCGUAGCGACACAAAACGGCUUCGUCUGCGCUGAGAGCGAGGACGUCGCACCGAAAAUUGGCGAGGACCGACAAAAGCGCAGAGUGCAAGCCAACGAUGUGUUCGAGCUGAUCAGCGACACCACGGACCACGCAACCGAAGAGCGUGGGAGUUCGAGCAUCACGCACCUCAGAGCCAACGCAAAACGAGUUUCAGUAUUACUUAUUUACAAAUUCAUUGUCAAUACUAAAAUACUACUGGUUGUUCCUUAUUUACAAACUGUAACCCUUGAUUCACUCUUUACACCUUGAUUCUUUUACAAGUCCUAAUCAAUAGUAAUUUCUGUGACUUAUUUACAAACUGUAAAUUGGAGGGAAUUUGGUUUAUUUGCAUUCCUUGGUACUUAUGUGUAUGUGCUGCUGCUCGUCCUUCUCGUAAGUACAUUCUAUCUGAUGUUGUGAACUUGAUUGUGAUCAAAAAAUGAAUGGGAUCUCAUCUGUCGCGUAGUUUGAAAGAUUUUUUGAAGAAGUGCAACUCGAUUUAUUGAUUUCUCUUCAUCUACUCCAGAACGGAGACCGUGUCGCCGAAGGAUGGAUCACGCUGCAGACCCAAGUCGUGAAUGACGGAAAUUGUACGACGUUGGUCGAAAGCUUUGAUCCGCUCUUUAAGAUUGCCGAGGCAACGGUGCUGACCGAUGCGGUGUCAAUUACGGACAGCAACAAGAAAAUGAUGCGGCGCAUGCGUGUUGGUGAACGCGCUCUCGCGAUCGAUGCCCCUCAAUUGGACGAAUCAAGCGGCAUGCUUCGCUUGCAAGUGGUCGUUCCUGCAGAGAAAAAGGAUGCCUCCUCUUUGGAGAAAAAGGACAGUGGAGCGUCCCCAAAUUUGGGUAGUGAGGCGGAAGGAGAAUCUGGCGCGGCCGCACCAGCGAAGAAAGAGGUGCUGGAAAAGGGCUGGAUCACGGUAAGGGAUCGAAAUAAGACGUACAUGCAGAACGUAGCCUGUGCAGAGGAGCUCACGAAAAAGCAGAAGCAACAUGAAGCAUGGACCUGCAAGGACAGACCCACACAGGAAGUUGUUCCAGAAGAGGUCGACGCAUCUCUGACGUCCAUUUUGGACGACCUGCGCACAGAACUGCAGCCCAAACUUGCGGCAAUCAAGAAGGAGCUUCCGGAGGUACAAAAUCAAAAGUUUAUGUUUUCCAAUUUUUACGUUGUUUCACUCGGUUUUUGAUAAUUUCGAUAAUAGUAUUAUAUUUUCUAGCUCAGUUUAAUUGUCUAACUCCUUUCUCUUAUUACCAAUCAAACACUUGUAGGACAACCCAACUACCACCACCUUAUGGAACACAAAUAAAAAAUGACCUCUCGACCAUCACAGCCUGUCACUUUGUGACUCAAGCACUUGAAGUAAAAAGUCUAGUGCUCUGGCUCCUUGAUAUAUUUUUUUGUUUCAAUACAAGAUUAUUAGCGACCACUUGGUCUUCUUCGGUUCAAAAUCAUUGUUGGUUUCGUUUUUUUGCACAGAUACUUUUCUAUAUCUACUAACUUCUUAGAAGCACAAUAAUUCAAGAAAAAUCUGAUUAGUACAAUUCAAGAAAAAUGAUCUGAUUCCACCACGACCUUCACAUCUUUGUGCAUUAGGUUCGCCGCGUGGUGUCUGAGCUGGAGGCAAUGCACAAUCGAUCGCAGCCAUUGUACGAGGCUGAGGGGGCGUUGUUGACUUCGGAUGAUCCGUUCAACGUACCUAUGCAGAGCGAAGGCGUGCCGACUGAAGAGGAGCUUACGCAGAUAAUUGAGCGCGGUGAUGCGUAUGCGAAAUCGAGUGAUGGUGGCCUUCGCGCGAAGCUGGCGGAAGCCAGACGUCUAAUCGAGGCGCGUGGCCGCGAGUUUCGGGAUAUCGCACUUCCAGCAACCCUGCUCAGUCGAGUGCCCAAUUACGAUAUGCGCACACGCAAUCUGACGCUCGGAAGCGGAGAAGUGCUGAAAAGGUCGCUUGUGGAAGUGAAGAGGUUUGUUCCUCCAACGCGGACGGCUUCAGCAGAAGAAGACCAGAUCAUGAAUGUCGAGGAUACUAAUGCUGAGGGCACGAGUGCUGCUGGUGGUGAUGCAAGUGAAGGUGCCGCGAUGGACAUGGAGGCAGCUCCGCCAGCCGGUGUUAGCGAUGAUCCUGCAGAUCAAGGUGGCGACGCUACCAUGGAAGGAGGAGAUGGAGUAGAAAAAGAUCAGGGUGAUGCAGGAGGCAACGAAAACAAGAAAGAUGAUCCGGUGGUAGAAGCCGCUAAUGGAGACAAGGAUGCUGAUAAAAAUAAGCCAGAAGACAAAAGCAGCAGGCUGCCAAGCACGACUGGGUCAAGCAAAAAGCAGGAACCGACGCCACCCAGUGGUGCAACAGUUCUGAGUUUUGACGAACUCUUGACCCUAUCAGCAGUUCAGCGUCUUCGAGCUUUGUUUGACUUAGAACUGCGGACAGAUCUCAAUGUCCUGCAUUUCGAAGUCACAAGUGUGCAACAAGAUCUGGAAGCCCUCUCAGCACCUUUGCGUACGAUUCAACAGAAACUCUUAGCCGAGAAAGAGGAGCAAAGCCUGGCGGAGGUACUGCGACUUGUUGUUGUGUUGUUCUUGAAAGCCACAUUUAGAAGAUUUACCACAUUUUAUUCAAGCUUGAAGAUUAUGUUUUUGUUUAAGUAGGUGGGGUGCUUCUACAUUUCUUUGAGUUUGAGUAACAAUUAAAAGAACAAUUAUACUUCAUAGAACUGAAUUUGAUGACCACCCUUCAGUUGUGCGACAAGGGUAUGACGGAGUUGCUGUGCAAAGAGGAGGAAAUGGGAAUGUGCGAGGGUCGAUUGGCUACCUCAGCCGAGGCCUUGCUGCGAUUCCCAGAGCUUUCUCUGGAAGACGCGUGCCCCAGAGUGGACGACUACAAUGCCAUCGCCCAGGAGCUCAACGCGCUAGCAAUGGACGGCAUGACAUGGGUGCAAAAUCUGAGCAUCGACCUCCGUGCCUUGACAAAGCAUGCCCAGGUCCGCGUGAUGCUCCGCGCUGAGCGAAAAAAGGCCGCUGCAGCUGCAGCAGGUAGAAGAGGUGCUCCUCCUGUGGUUGGGGGCACCAGUGUCCUUGGAGCUGUUGGAGGAAAUCUGGCUCCUUCUGCCGAAGAGGACAUCAGCAUGGCUGUCGACGUUGCGGAAGUAGAGCAAAUGGUUGACGGAAGCUCUUCCUCUACUGCGCAGCUGCAGCAGGAGGACGAGGCCCGCGACGCGGAUGCCUCGAUGCGCGAGUUGCUGAGACGAUGCGGCGUCUUUCGAUUGCGAGUGAACAAAGCGAUGGGCCAGGCGAAGGUUGCGCAAAAAAAAGUCCUAGAUGCUGAAGUCCUCUUGGUUUUGCGUGCGAAGGACGCCAUGGCAGCGCAUUUUGCCGCUUUCUCCGACGAAGCGGUUCGAUCGCUGGAAACGGAGUCGCUUGUGAGCCACCGAGCAGUCGUUUCUCUGGCCGAGUUGGACAACCUGCUCGAUGGUGGAAAGAAGGCUCCUGACCAAGCAACUUCUUCAACUGCAGAAGCUGCUGCAGACAGCGCAGCUAUCGCAAAAGAGAACUGCGCUCACGACAUGGACGUCGAGGACGGAUCCGCACCCGCGGCAGAGAGCUCGGCUGCAGCUGCAAAAAAAGGCGAGAACGUGCGGCCAUGGUGGCUUUCCACCGCAGGCGAUCGCGGAGCAUACUCUGCCGCCGCGAUGGGCACAAUCCUACGCAACGCGCCUCCAAAGAAGACCAGCGGUAGCACACCAAAGAAGUCCGCAACGCCGAAGAAAACGACGACACCGAAUGCCAAGGAUACAGCUAAAGCAGAUGCCGUCGCUGAAAAGAAAUCUGCGGACAUUGUCGACAAAAAGGCUUCUUCAGGUGAUGAAGCGCAAAAAAGUGAGGAUAUUGACGCAAAGCAAGACGAAGCUGGAGGUGCCUCAGAAGGUGCCAUGAAAGAAGAAGGUGCAGCAGCAGAAAAGGAGUGCGCCGACGCAACCAACAACGACAAAGUUAGCACCGAUGUCGAUGAAGAGCAGAAAAGCAAGAGCGCUCCUGCGGCAGACGAAACAGCGCAAAAGGAUAGUGAGGCGGGAGCUUCACCCGACAUAGCGGACACCCCCAAAAGUGCGGAAAAAGCGAAAAAUCGCACAUCAACGGGAAGCGCAAAGAACAAGGAUAAAACAACUGCAGGUGACGAAGUUGAACAAGUAGCUAAAGAUACAGCCAGUCCACAAAAACAAGCUGCCAGUUCAGUAGAUCAUGGUGAGGUUUCAGCAGAGGCAGACGAAGGCGCCCUCCAUCCAACCGUUGCUAGUCAUGCGGCGAUUAUUACCGCUGACGCAUUGGUGAAAUACUUGGACGAGAAUGGCGUUCCCUGCGUGCAUCGUCUCGUCCGGAAGGCUCUAGAAAAAGUCGGCGGAAGUGCAGAGCGAAUCUCUCUACACGCUUUCAAGACCUAUCUUGCCUCCGCGUUUUACCGCUGCAUUGCUCCAACACCUCUCACGGAGGGGUCGGAAAUUGCAAGUAUUCUUAUAAAUUACUUGCUUGAGUAGAGGUUUACGGAUCUAACUACAUCAGAUUUGAGCUGCUAGUCCACUCACAUUACUUCACCGACAGUUGUUUAUUGACUCUGCGCUCCCUCAGAUGCGCGUUAUUAUAGCCACCAGAUGAAGUUUCCACCUAGACUUCUUCUCACUCAAAAUCUUCAAUCAACUACAACCAUAGAUUUGCGCAGAGUUAGACCUGUGAAAGUUGGGGAGACGGUUCAGAUGUGGGAGAAGCAAAUAGAGAGUUCGGUCGGCGUGCAGAGAGGCCGCGUUACCUGUCUGGAGGAUGCGGCACAAGGAUGGGUCACCAUUCAGGGCAACGCUGGCAAAAAUUUCUUCGAUGCAUACAGCACACCCAUUUUCCAGGUACUCAAUGAAUGGAAAUAUCUUUUUGAUUUUGGUUCUACCUCUACCUCUACCAUUACAGAAGGUUAAAAAUUAUUGCAACGAACUGAACUGCAACAAGAAGAACAAGAAUUGAUUCUAAAAAUUUUUUCAAUGUCUUCAGUCGUCCAUUUUUCACAGAUUCGAAGCGGAGUGCAGCCCACGGUGAGUUUCGAGUCGACUUCAGCCGAGAGCGGUUGCCGUCUGUUUGGUGGCGAUUACGUUCAGUUGCUGGAGUUACCGAAGUUGGAAAAGACCACGCGCAGAAUCCGUGCACCCUUUGUGAGGUUAAUGCCACUGGUGCCAGAGGACCAAGCAGAUGCUACGGCGAAGCCAUCAACCGAAGCAGAUGGAAAUAAAUCUGCUAGUGGUGCCACUUCAUCUAGUGUAAGCAAUGCGGGUGAAGAACAAAGUGAUGCUAGUACAACAAAGGCAGCACCAGUAGCCUCUUCUUCGACGCAGAUGGUGAAGGGAACAAUAGGAACCGAAGCCUCACCAUCAACUGCUCCACCAGGGAAAGAAGUGAAAGCACCCGAGACCGGUUAUAUCACGCUUUUCGAGGGCAGCGAUGUCCAAGGCAGCAGUGUUGGAAUGUUCGUCAAUUAUCCGCAGGCUGCAGCGCUUGCCGUGCAAGAAGGGAGGCGAGGGAAUCGUGGAGUAGGAAUGAACCCAGUGUCAAACCUGUACAACAGCAUCAAUCCAGGCAUGGGCGCGACUUCCUCCUCUUCACCGAGUACUAGUUCUAGGGUGAAUCCUAAAAAUACUUCUAUGGGUGGAGGUGCUGCUGGAGGAAAUAAGAGAGGCACUCCUAAUAUUAGCGGAGGUAUGAACAACCACGGAGGUGGAGGUCAGCAACAGCCACCGAACAUGUUGAACCGCAUCACGACGCGGCACGUUAUCGCAGCCCGUAAUCACUUGCAGAACCAGUCUCAGCAAUUCCACCAAGGUGGGAGUUCGUUACAACAACAUCAAAGCGGUGGCCAUCAGAGAGGAGGUCACAUGGUACCGCUUCACCAGGGUCUUCCGCCCGUGUCGCAAAGGACCCAGAUGAUCGGGCCUCCGCCAACUUCUAUUAAGCUUACAAGAAUAAAUCCAUCCGAUUCCUAUCCAACACCUCAUCUUGGUUCCGUUUUUAAAGGGAAAAUAAAGGGGCCAGGAUGCUGCUACGGAUGGAUUUCUCUUACAUUUCUAAUUCUAGAGGAGGUGGGGGUGGUCCUCAACAACGCGGUGGGCCUUAUAAUAGACGAGGAGGCGGCAGAAGGUGA